CUUCUGCUCCAAGAAUCUAAAAACCUGUCCUCCACACUCUCCCUUUCAGAUCUUCGUCUCCUUCCUCUUCUCUACUCUUCAUUACAAUCCCCACAAACACAAAACACAACCCAAUACUAGGGGGAGGAAGUAAAUCAAGAUGGCUCUCACUAUUCCCACAAACCUCUCAAAAUCCAUGUUGAAACCUAAGCUCAGCUCUCCCCUGGCCCUAAAGCCAAGGACCAUGGUCACUGUGUGCUCAGCCACCCCAAACCCAGAGAAAAUAUCCACUGCUUCAGUAAUGAAGACUUUCUCUGCUGCACUAGCACUCUCCUCCAUCAUCUUGGGCGCAGCUCCCAUCCCAGCCAUGGCUGACAUCUCAGGCCUAACCCCAUGCAAAGACUCCAAGCAGUUCGCCAAGCGCGAGAAGCAAUCGAUCAAGAAGCUUGAGUCCUCAUUGAAGCUGUACGCACCGGACAGCGCACCUGCCUUGGCCAUCAAUGCAACAAUAGAGAAGACCAAGAGAAGGUUUGACAACUACGGCAAGCAGGGUUUGCUCUGUGGGUCUGAUGGGCUUCCCCAUUUGAUUGUGAGCGGUGACCAGAGGCACUGGGGUGAGUUCAUCACUCCCGGGAUUCUGUUCCUUUACAUUGCUGGGUGGAUCGGGUGGGUUGGAAGGAGCUACUUGAUUGCCAUUAGGGAUGAUAAGAAGCCAACACAGAAGGAGAUCAUCAUUGAUGUGCCUUUGGCUACUGGCUUGGUUUUCAGAGGCUUCAGUUGGCCCAUUGCUGCUUACAGAGAGUUGUUGAAUGGUGAACUCAUUGCCAAGGACGUGUAAACUUAGAUUUUCAGGUCAUUUUGUGUUUAUUUGUUUUAAUUUCUUGUAUAAUAUGUAAAACUUACAUGGAUUAUGUGUAUGAAAUGCUUGUGUUCGAAACUGAUC